GGCGUAAUACGUAGAAAGGCGGCGCCUGGCAAGAGCUUUCUUCUUUGCGCAAUAUGGCGCAGACGGUGAAUGUUACAGAUUUGUCUCUGCAGCAGUUGGAAGUGCUGAAGAGCCAACUGGAUCAGGAAAUAGAAUUCUUGUCGUCUUCUAUCGCCCAACUGAAGGUGGUACAAACCAAGUAUGUGGAGGCCAAGGAUUGCCUAAAUGUAUUAAAUAAGAGUAAUCAGGGGAAGGAUCUGCUUGUUCCCCUGACCAGCUCUAUGUAUGUGCCUGGUACUUUAAAUGAUGUAUCCACUGUAUUGAUAGAUAUUGGGACUGGAUAUUAUGUGGAGAAGGCUGCAGAUGAUGCCAAAGCUUUCUUUAAGAGGAAGGUUGAUUUCCUGACUAAACAAAUAGAGAAAAUCCAGCCUGCCCUUCAAGAAAAGCAUGCCAUGAAGCAAGCUGUUAUGGAAAUGAUGAGUAUAAAAAUCCAACAGCUCACAACAGCUCAGGCUGGGACAUCUAAGGCUUAGCACAAGGACACAGCGUUCCCCCUUAAAGAAACACAACUAAGUGCUGGAGCAUCUCCCUGCAGUGAAGAAAUGAACUAAUUCUAAGUAUCUCUGGCCCUACCGGUCAUUACAGUUAAUGUGUCUUGCUACUACAGGUGCUGGGGUUGUUUCUUCAGACUAAGGAAACUCUUCAUGAAUUUAGUUAACUUAAUAUGUAUCUUGUUUAAUGGUUCUUUUUUUAUUUGACACAUAAAAAAGCAUUAAAUGGAAA